GUGGUAGGCGGGGCAAGGAUCCGUCUCACAAGGCGACGAGUGGUUGGGACCUUUCCUCUCCUUCCCCUUCCCCUUCCCUUCCCAGGAAAGGCUGGGACCCGGCACCCGAGCUAUUCCGUGGCCGCUGCGGCCUCAGCUCCAGCCGGGCCGGGGUACGGAGAGUCCAGACCGCUUCCAGGGCGCCAGGCCCUUUAUGCAGACUUCACUCACCGGAAAGCCUUCCCCAACCCAGAACUCUGUGAAAUUGGGGAGUGGGAAGGAGGGGGCUGGAGAAGGAGCAGAAAACUAAGAGAGAGUGCUCCUGAUUGUGACAUCACAUCCAUCCCCUUGGCGAUGGAGCUUGUCACUAGGAAGGAAGACUCAGUCGGAGAAUAGCCAACAAGAUGGGUUACUGGGAGCGUCUCCUGAGUGGCACUGAGUGGAGGCAUCAGGGGGUUGGAGCCUUGUGAACAGGGAGCCUACCCCCCAACACUUGGAAGGACCUGGGUUUCAGUGAUGAGACAUGGGGUAUGAUGUAACCCGUUUCCAGGGGGAUGUUGACGAAGACCUUAUCUGUCCUAUUUGCAGUGGUGUCUUGGAGGAGCCAGUCCAGGCACCUCAUUGUGAGCAUGCUUUCUGCAAUGCCUGCAUCACCCAGUGGUUUUCUCAGCAGCAGACAUGUCCGGUGGACCGUAGCGUUGUGACGGUCGCCCACCUGCGCCCAGUACCUCGGAUCAUGCGGAACAUGUUGUCAAAGCUGCAGAUUGCCUGCGACAACGCUGUAUUUGGCUGUAGUGCUGUUGUCCGGCUUGACAACCUCAUGUCUCACCUCAGCGACUGUGAGCACAACCCCAAACGGCCUGUGACCUGUGAACAGGGCUGCGGCCUGGAGAUGCCCAAAGAUGAGCUGCCAAACCACAACUGCAUUAAGCACCUGCGCUCAGUGGUACAGCAGCAACAGACACGCAUCGCAGAGCUGGAGAAGACCUCAGCGGAGCACAAACACCAGCUGGCGGAGCAGAAGCGAGAUAUCCAGCUGCUAAAGGCAUAUAUGCGUGCAAUUCGCAGUGUCAACCCCAACCUUCAGAACCUGGAGGAAACAAUUGAAUACAACGAGAUCCUAGAGUGGGUGAACUCCCUGCAGCCAGCAAGAGUGACCCGCUGGGGAGGGAUGAUCUCGACCCCAGAUGCUGUACUCCAGGCUGUAAUCAAGCGCUCCCUGGUGGAGAGUGGCUGUCCUGCCUCUAUCGUCAACGAGCUGAUCGAAAAUGCCCACGAGCGUAGCUGGCCCCAGGGUCUGGCCACACUAGAGACAAGACAAAUGAACCGGCGCUACUAUGAAAACUACGUGGCCAAGCGCAUCCCUGGCAAGCAGGCUGUUGUCGUGAUGGCCUGUGAGAACCAGCAUAUGGGUGACGACAUGGUGCAGGAGCCGGGGCUUGUCAUGAUAUUUGCGCAUGGUGUGGAAGAGAUAUAGGAGAUCUCGAUGGGCUAGCAGGAAGAGAUGGCAGUCAGAAAGCCCAUCGCUCCAGCAGCUGGUCCCUGAGUCCUCCCUACUACCCAUAGUACUGUGGCUUACACACGGGCCACAUGUUUCCCUGCUCUUGUGGCACUGAAGGGCCCCGGGGCACUUUGCUCAGCCUUUCAGGUGGGAAACACAGAUUCCUUCCUUUUACAUAAUUUCUUCCCCUAAGAUGUCUGUAAAUUUUCAGUCAGUUUGGAAAAGUCCUCACCUCUAUAUCUGUUUUCCUGCCUAGGGUCCCUGGUUCUAGAUAUUUUUAGAAAGCACAAAGAAUUUUCUCUAGAGGAUCAGGGUGGAGUGAGGAAUAUCUAAUCGUUCCCCCUCCUCCAAAACCAGGGAAUCAGAGCAGGCAGGCCUGUUGACACUAAACAGCACUUAGAGGGCAGCUCUGGGGAGCAGACAUCCUGAAGAAAUGGUAAGGGUGGAAUCAAAGCCCUAGAAAUAAAUAAUGAGGCCAGUAACUGGCCCUUAGGGAAAGACUGGACCUCUGUGCCAAGCAAUACUCUGUCCAGCCCACCUUACAGGUGCAGGCUCCUGCUGGUUCUGCAGGUGUGCAGGUUAGGAUGCCGAAAAUUUCCAGAUGAGCUCUUCUUUCCUACAUUUUCUCAUAAUUAGGGAAUGACAGGGUUGGGAAUAGGGGAUUAGUCUGUUGAGGUGGAUGUGUUCAGCAAGAAGCAGCUCUCUGGCUUUUGCUGAAAUCAGGUAGGCACUGCCUCUGGCAUGGGCCGUAAUAGUUCCAUAGACCCCUCUCCAGCCCUGUGAUUGUAACUAGUUAUUUUGAUAAUUUCCUUUGGCCAUUGUUUGUAUUUCCUUCUCUCCCCUGCUCCUUUUUUUUUUUUUAGAAUGGCCUGGUUAUGGCUACCCUACUUUUCCAGUCCAGCCACAUUGUUGGCAAUCUAAUUUAUUUACUUUUUUUUUUUUUUUUUUUAAGAAAGGAAAAAGAAAAAAAAAUUAACAAAGCUUAAAACUUUCUUUUGAUAUUCCUAUUGUGGGGGUUCUGGAUAGGGUGGGAUGGGACAGGGAUGGGAUCUGUUUUAUAUUUUUCCUUUUCAGCACAAUCUUUGGCUUUAAUAUAAGAAGGGCCCAAGGGAGUCCUUGGCUGAACUUAUGUCUGCCCCAACCCUCCAUAACCCCAUCUGAGAUGAGACACUUCUUUUGUUAUUCCAGUGAUGGAUGUGACAGUCCAACAUCAAUGCCUGUGCCCUCUGAACUUUGCUCCAGUCCUUCCAGGGGUCUCCUUGUAAAACUCUGUAUUAAUUUUGAAGACAUUGCCAUCCCCCCAACCCCCAGUUUCCUUGGAGAUACAUAGUUGGAUUCUAAGCUUCACCAGGCAAGAUGGGAGAGACAUGAUAUCUCUGUGUCUCUGAGUACAGGCUGUGCUUUGUCUUACCCAUGCCCUCUGAGAACUUCAGCUCCAUUUUAGGCUACCCGGGCAUUCCUUGAUCCCUAGCUAGGGUGGCUAGUAGAGCUAGAGAAGGGGAGGGAUAGAGGGUGUGAUUAUUCUAAUAUACCAGUGGGAGUGGGGUUGAAGACAUAUGGCCAUAUAACAGUUUCUUCUCUCUUUGGAGUUUUAUUCCAGGCCAGCUUGCCUGCUAUAGGUCUGGGGAGUUGGGUCAUGGCUCCACUGGGAAUGGGGUGGAGGGAUACAGCUUGAAGGGAGUAGGGAACAGUCCUGUGUUCCAGCUCCAGGACAUUGUGCUCAGGAAUUUGAAAACGCUGCUAUACUUAGUCUGGUUACUACAUUUCUUCCACUCCCCUCUGACCCUGCCUGCCUUACUGAGGCCCAUACUCUCCUGUCAUCACCUUCAGACAGAGCCAGGAAGCUCAGUUAAGGCUUCCCUCCCCUUUGCACUAGUGUCUCUGCGGGUUGCUGGUUGUGUUAUAUGUGCUGUUCCAUGGUGUUGACUGCACUAAUAAUAAACCUUUUACUCAACUCUCAA